AUGGAUGUUGGGGAUACGCUAAGUAUCGCGAAAUUCGCCUGGGAGGUGUACAACUAUGGAUGGACUCCAGAGUUGAGAGCAAGCACAAACUACAACUCCUUCGGCUCCGAAGUCCGUCACCUCGCCCAAAACCUCGACCUCCUCUCCAGCGUCGUCCUCCGCGCCCAGAAAUCCCUCCACGACGCCGGCGCCCCCUCCUCCUCCCGCCUCCGAUGGGACCCCAACUCGCUCUUCGAAAUCGUCGGCGACUACGGCGCCACCCUGCGCGAAUGCCGCCAGCUCCUCGACGACAACAGGCGCUUCGGCGCCGCGACGAAUAAUCCGCUGAGGAACAUCGAGUGGAAUGCGCUGGUCCAGGGGAGGGUGGAUAAGUUGAGGGUGAGGGUGCAGAUGCAUAGUUUGAGUGUUCAGACCGUGUUGAAGCCUUUUGAGAUCGACCUCCUCACACGAGUCCACGAAGACCUCUCAAGACGCAUCGGCGCCGUGCACGACGAACUCCGCUCCGUCCGCGGCGAACUCCGCAGCCUCAUAGGCGUCCUCGUCCCCGACCUCAAAACCGCCCUCGACGAGCAAGCAGCCCGCAAAAUCCACCUGCUCACCGUCCCCGCCGACCUCGCGGGCGAAUUCGAGGAUGCCUUCAGUCUCCACCCAGCGUGCGUCGAGCCCGAUCAGCAGCAGUACCCGGCGCUGCGGGAUAUGGCCGAUGCUUUUAUCUAUCGGCUGGAUCGGAGCACGGUGGGGUUCGUUCCCGGGUUGACUGUGACCGAGAGAAUUCCCGGGGUGGAGCAGUAUUUGAAUUUGUUGAAGUGCCUCGUUGCGCCUGCCGUUAGCGAUAUCGACGGCGACAUGCUGCAGCUGUGGAUCGAGGAGGCGACGAAGCCUUUGAUUGAGACUGUGAUCACCAAUGUCAUGAUGGAAGAGCUUCUCAACACCGUUCUCUUCAGCACCUCUCCAAACAUAUCCAAGCGUCUUCGGCUCCUGAGACACUUGGGUUCCCAGGACAAACGAUUCCGCCUCGUUAUAUCUGCCGUCGAGAGGCGGGCAAAGGGUCCACCGCGGCAAGAACUUAUCCCCGUGGAUUUUGACAUUACAUCGUCGACGCUCAAUCCUGUUUAUGCCCUCUCAAGCACGUUCGAGCCGCCCUUUGAAAUGAUUCUCACAAACAAUAACCAGAUUUAUCCUCUGGCCUUUUGCACCCUAGACGACGCCCUCGAGUUUCAGCAGGGAGUGACGGGAUUCAAGGUCGCCGAUGGAUAUUGCCAAAACCAUACAACAGCGAGCUUCGUUAUCGAAGGGCAAGGCAGCUCCCUUUUCGAAGAAGCCUCCGUUCAACUCUGGCUCCACCGCCGGCUCCCAGGCAGCCUAGUGACGGACACAGCCGACUUUCCAUCUCCCGUUGAACGCUCCAUGUCCACCAUCUCCAUCCCAUCUCCGCCCUCCAACACUACCUCGCGCUCUACGACCCUUCAAAACCCCCCAACCGUCGACUUCCGCUCUUCGUUCUCCCCCACAGAAACCAUGGCCCACGGCCUUGGCAUCACAAGCAUCAGCUCCAGCCCCGGCCAAACCUCAACCAUCAACGGCAACCAUAACAGCCACCACAAUCCUCAGCAGCCCCGCUCCUCUCCGCUCCCAUCUUCGCCCUAUUUCCAAAACACCCACCGAUCCCAAACCAUGACCUCCUUCGGUCCCCUCAGCACGUCGCCCGUCCAAGACCCACCACAAUCGCCGCCCUCCUCUAACGGCAGGCGAGACUCCGUCUUCUCCUCCCUCUUCAAACGCAACAAAAAACCCCGUGCGCCCAGCAUAACAACCACCAAAACCCAAAAAUCCUCCUCGUCCUCCGCCUCCAACACAACCGAAGCCACCGUAACCGUCCUCUCGCCCACCGGCCGCGCACAAACCGCCGUCAUCCACACCAAACCCCUCAAACCCCUCCUCGUCCUCUUCACGUCCAACGCCCAGCAAAACACCCGCGCCACGGUCGUGAUAUCCAUCGACGAAAAGACCUUGCCCAACCCCCAGCGCUGCUGGUGUCAACAGGGAACCUCCCCUGAAGGUGGUCCUUGCAAGAUCACGGCCAUAGAGCAGUGCCAAGGCGCUAAGCCCCUCGAGGCGAAGCGGUUGCAGAGCCGUUCGGGGGAGUGGGAUCUGUUAGCCCUUGCGGCGCCGAGGAGGAGUUCGCUGGCAGCAGAGUGGAGGGGUUUGAAUCGGUUGAGUAUUUUGUUCGCGGGGCCCGAGGCGCGGCUGGUUUUCGGGGGCACAUUUUGUAGGUGCGAGAGACAGACGGAGGGAGAGGUGCUGGAGUGUAUGCGGAGGGGACAUCUGGGGCUUUUGGGGAUGGCGAGGGUGUUGUAUCGGAUUCAGUCGACGCAGUGGUACAAGGGGCGGUAUUUGAACUCGGUGCAUAUUUCGGAUCGGUCGCUGGGGGAGGGGCCUGGUGAGGUGGGGUGGACUGGGUCGUGA